AUGUUUGAACCUCUCGAAACAACAACUGCCCCACCAGGAACAACUACUCAACCUCUUGAAACAACAACUAUUCAAGAGCCAACCACAUCCCAUCCACCAACAACCGCCAUACCUGCAUGCCUGGAAGAUCCUACAGGAGUGAAAUACAGAGGAAACUUAUCUCAGACAAUCAACGGUCAUACUUGUCAAGCGUGGACCUCUCAGGAUCCCCAUCAACACACUAGGACUCCAGCUAACUACCCUAACGCGGGACUAGAUAAAAACUAUUGCAGAAACCCCGAUAAUGAGGACACUGCUUGGUGUUACACCACCAAUCCUGAGAUAAGAUGGAAGUAUUGUGCCGUAGGUGAUCUUGACCCCAGAUGCCAAGAUUAUGAGUCAACUACUCAACCUCCUGAAACAACAACUGCUCCACCGGGAUCAACCACUCAACCUCCUGAGACAACAACUGCCCCACCAGGAUCAACUACUCAACCUCCUGAAACAACAACUUCUCCGCCGGGAUCAACUACUCAACCUCCUGAAACAACCACUGCCCCACCAGGAUCCACAACUCAACCUCUCGAAACAACAACUGCCCCACCAGGAACAACUACUCAACCUCUUGAAACAACAACUAUUCAAGAGCCAACCUCAUCCCAUCCACCAACAACCGAUAAGAUGGAAGUAUUGUGCCGUAGGUUAUCUUGA